AUGGAUCCCCGCGUGGCCUGGAUCCAGCCCGAGCAGAAAGGACCCGCGAAUGCGCUGUGGAUGCAGAUCUGGGAGACCUCGCAGGGCGUGGGGGGCCGGGGCGGCGCCAGCUUCCCGCACUACCUCUGCCUCAACUCUCCUGCGCUGGACUCUGCCGCCUCUCCGCCCCGCGGGCACGGCUGCGUGCGGCUCGGGGCGCCCGGCGCCUGCUGCUCCUCUUCCUCGCCGCCUUCGCCUUCGCCCUCCCCGCCGGCCCUGCUGACCGGACUGGUGCCCGCUGUCUCCGGCGGCCCCGCGGCGGUGAACGGCGGCGGCGAGGGAGGGCGGCGGCUGCAGAAGUCGCCUUCUGUGUCUUCCUCGUCUUCCUGCUCGUCGGUGGAGUCCGGCACCGAGAGCCCUGGCUUCUCCUCCUCGGGAUCGUGCAGCGGUGGCGGAGGCGGCGGCUCCUCCUCUUCCUCCGGCGGCCCCCGGGCGGUGGCGGUGGCUCCUCCCGGGCUGCUGGGCAGCGGGGCCGGACCCGGGGAGUUUUUUAACUUCCACGAGAACAAAGUGAACGCUGUGAAUGGGCACCACCAGCCGCCGCACCCGGCGCGCAGCCCGCACCCGACCCCGGCCUCUCCCCAGCAGCACCAGUACCACCCGGGCCGCAGGAAACGGGAGAAUAAAGCCAGCACCUAUGGGAUGAAUUACCUGCUCUCCGGCAGCCGCGGCGUCGCCGGCAACAAUUCCCCCCACCAGCAGCGGCAGAUGCCUCAGCCAGCGCUGCAGAGCCCCGGCACCCCCUGGAAGACCAGGAAAUACAGCCCGGGCGUGCAGGGACUACAUGAAGAAAUCAUUGACUUCUAUGACUUCAUGUCCCCUCGUCCUGAAGAGGCAGCUAUGAGAAGAGAAGUGGUAAAAAGGAUAGAAACAGUAAUCAAAGAUCUUUGGCCUACUGCUGAUGUCCAGAUAUUUGGCAGCUUUAGUACAGGGCUUUAUCUUCCAACUAGUGAUAUUGAUCUAGUUGUUUUUGGGAAAUGGGAACGACCCCCUUUACAGCUGUUGGAGCAAGCACUGAGAAAACACAAUGUGGCUGAGCCAUAUUCCAUUAAAGUACUUGACAAAGCUACGGUACCAAUAAUAAAACUCACUGACCAGGAGACAGAAGUGAAAGUUGACAUCAGUUUUAAUGUCGAAACUGGUGUGAAGGCAGCUCGAUUUAUCAAAGAAUACAUGAAGAAAUAUUCUUUGCUACCUUACUUGAUUUUAGUAUUAAAGCAGUUCCUCCUUCAGAGGGAUUUGAAUGAAGUUUUUACUGGUGGAAUUAGCUCUUAUAGCCUAAUUUUAAUGGCAAUUAGUUUCCUACAGCUACAUCCAAGAAUUGAUGCCAGAAGAGCUGAUGAAAACCUUGGAAUGCUUCUAAUAGAAUUUUUUGAACUCUAUGGAAGGAAUUUUAACUACUUGAAAACUGGUAUUAGAAUAAAAAAUGGAGGUGCCUAUAUUGCCAAAGAAGAAAUCAUGAAAGUCAUGACUAAUGGAUAUAGACCAUCCAUGCUAUGUAUUGAAGAUCCUCUCCUGCCUGGAAACGACGUUGGCAGAAGUUCUUAUGGUGCCAUGCAAGUGAAACAAGUUUUUGAUUAUGCCUACAUUGUUCUUAGCCAUGCAGUAUCACCACUUGCAAGAUCAUAUCCAAAUAGAGAUUCUGAGAGCACAUUAGGUAGAAUCAUCAAAGUGACCCAAGAAGUGAUUGACUACAGGGCCUGGAUUAAAAAGAAGUGGGGGAGCAAAAUUAAUUUAUCACCUGAACUUGAUAAUAGGUUGAAAAUAAGAGACCCGAUAGCUCUCUGCAAUGGAGAACAGCAGCAGAACAGAGACUCUGAACCAUCUUACAAUCAACACUUGGCAUUGUCGUUAGCCAAUACACAACAGUUAUCCUCUGGUUCAUCUGCCUCUUCUGUGUCAUCGCUCUCCAGCAGUGACAUUGAACCAGAUACACCACCUUGCACAGCUCCUAAUGUUUACCAGUUCAGUCUUCAAGCACCGACUCGGCUUAUGGCCAGUUUAGCACCCGCAUUGCCCCUGCCAAGUGGUAAACCCCAAUCUGCGCCUCCGAGAGCCCUGAUAAUGGCCGCCAGUAAUCAGCAACACAAUGGAAUGAAGUUUUCCAUGAAAGGAACUCAUAACCAAGGCAACAGCUACAGCCCUGUCAGCAGUGGAGGCAUGAGGCAACCAGUUGGUAACCGGGGACACCACCAGUACAAUCGUAAUAUAUGGAGAAGGAAAAAACACAGAGACAGCUUGCCUAUUAGUCUGAGCAGAUAAUGGCAGAUACCAAAAUGACCUUCCCUGUUCAGAAAAACUGAAUGAGUGCCACUCGACUUGAGGGAUGGAGACCAGCGUCCAGCACAUCGUUUUAUUGGUGUUGCCAAAUAUCUGCAGCUGACUUCUUUGCAUGUUUCUUUGUGUGGUGGUUCAGUCCAUCUUCAAGAAGUAGUUGUGCUUAUCUGUGAAGCCUUAUUAAAUGUGGAAGUUUGUUUUCUGCCUUCCCACGAUGGUUCAUUCAGUGCCGAAGCAGCUCUGACAGUAGAACUGCAAGGACAUUUACAAAUGCUGUAGCUUUUUUGCUGUGGCUAUAUCUGUUCCUUUUAUUUUAGAAGUGAAGGAAACUUCAGCCCCUAUUUUUUUUUCUUUGCAGCAAAUCAAGUUGGGAAUUCAUAAAAGUAAAUUUGCUGCUCUCCUGUUGUUUUCUUUUUUUUUUUUUUCAAAGCUCAUUUUUUUCUCUGUAAAUAUUGGAAGUAUGAUUUGUGCAAUAACUUGGAUUUUUUAAUUUAAUUUCAUAUUAUCACAUAAGUUAUAUUUAAGGGGAAGAGGUUUUUUUUAAUUUACAGAUCCUUUCCCAGGUUGCAUUAUCUAAGUUGGGGUCAUAGUUUUGGCAGGUUGUUUGAGCAGUGUUAUAAACAUGACAUUUGGUAAUAUUUGAGGCUUCUUGAUUCACAAUGAAAGUGCGAUUUGGCUUACAGUUUUAAGAAUUUACUAAGCUCCAAAGCAUUUUGACCCUGUGUUUUUUAGCUCAUUGUCUGGCCUCUAUCAGUCGUCUUGCUCUGACCAAUGAGUUUUAAUUUUCCUUAACUAGACAACAAAUUGAACAUUUGUAGUACCAGAAGUAAAAACUUUUGAGAGGAAUGGGAAAAAGGUUGCAUCAAGUCCUGAUAUGAUAUUAAAAAGCUGUGGAGUACAUGCUUUGAUGCAUUUUAGUAAUGUAACCUGUUAAUGUUUGGGUUGAAACAACACAGAGGUACCCGGCUUAAGGAAUGUGGAGAAAGGAAAUAUAUUGAUUCCAUUAAGGAAUCUGUAUAGUAGUAUGCAUUAGUUCUGUUAAGAGCAAAUAUAUAAAAAGUACUUCAGCUGCUCUAAGCAUUACAAGAA